AUGAAAUUCCUAAAUGUUUUCAUUACCAAUUUAAAACAGCUUAAUGUUAGACAAUGCACAGAUCUUCCGAUUCCGUCUCUCUUCUCCCUGCUCACCAAACCCCCCACUCUUUCUCUCUCUCAUUUUUUAGGGUUUUUAGUUUCCUUUGUUUUCUCAUAUAAAAACCCAUUUCCACAUUUACUUCUUCUAUUUUCUCUCUUGAUUCACCGUCUUCUGUCGCCGCCGGCAAUAGAUCAUACCGCUCAUCAUCUCUUCAAACGCUACAAUCCAUUCUACAUUCAAAGCUUCAUUUUCGCGUAG